GUUUCACUGAAGUCGCUCCGACGAAGACCAUCAUUGAUGUUCCGCUUUCCGGGUUCGGCUGCACAGGAAAAUAAAAAGUUUGAGAAGAAGUAGUGAAAUAUAUGUAUAAAAAUGGACUCAAGUGAUUCUAAAGAAGAUGGACCAAAAACUAGGAGGAAAAGCCUCAAACAGCCAUCCACGCAAGCUUUAUAUAUUGAGGAUCUUAAAGCCAGAACCCCAAUAAAGAGAACCCGGAAAAUGAGGAAAGAUGACGGGGCAUCCAGAGCUGUCGAUGGAGCCAAGGAGCACAAGGGUCUCACUAAAGAGGAUGAGGAUGAAUCCCCUACUAAGAAGCAAAAGCUCAAAGAUAAGAGAAGGGUUAUAAAUGAGAGAGGUGAUGGUUUAAACCAAACAGAUGAUGAAAAUAUGGAGAUGGGUGAGAAUGAAGACCAGGAUCAAGAAAUGAACUCCGAUGAGGAGGCUGAGCAGGAGCAAGAGUCUAGUUGGACAGCCCAGCCUGGGACAGAAGAAACACAGCCUGACCAUGUAAGGGAAGAAAAUCUGGAAAGUGAAGUGUCACUCAACAAACAAAGGCCUAUUCAUCUAAAUAAUAAGGUCAUACCCAAAUCCAAAGAGGGAAAUUACAGCCCAGUCACAAAAUGUGGAGAUGCCUCCAGGAUGGGUGCUGUUCCACUGGAACAUCAACAAUUGAGAAACAGGAUUAACAUGAACUACCAGAAUCCUGUAAAAGAGGAACACAAAAGUUUGUAAAACAUUUUUAUUAUAUAUAUAUAUAUAUAUAUAAGUAGCCAUAUUU